AUUCGCAUGUUAACGUCGACGUCAGCUGUUCCACCUGCAAUUGCAAACAAAUCUGAAGAAAAAUUGUUUAACUAUUUCAAAUUGUUCCCAAAAUGUCUGAAGAGAUUCUGUUUGAUUGCCUGCACGCAGAGAUAGUCAACUACUGUCUAGACAGCAACAAGGAGCACGACCUGGCCACUUUGGAGUACAUUGGCUUCACCACGGGAUAUCGUUUAAUUGAGCGCCUUACACGCGAAGUGGCGCGGUUCAAGGAUGAGCUGGAGACCAUGAAGUUCAUCUGCACCGACUUCUGGACCCUGAUCUACAAGAAGCAGGUGGACAACUUGCGGACAAACAAUCACGGAAUGUACGUGGUGCAGGACAAGGCAUUCCGUUUCCUAACACGCAUCUCGCCGGGCACCAAGCAGCUGGAACAUGCGCCCAAGUUUGUGGCCUUUACCUGUGGCUUGGUGCGCGGUGCACUCAGCAAUUUGGGCAUCAACAGCACCGUCACUGCCGAAGUGCAGAGCAUACCGGCCUGUAAAUUUCACAUAGAAGUGAACCGGAGCUAGAGUAUAAUGUGGGAUGGUUUAUUUUGUUUACAAUUAAAAAUUACUAUUAACUAGA